CCUAAAUGAAGACUCCUGACACUCAACCGACUGAGCCACCCAGGCGCCCCAUAAUGGUCUCUCUUUAACCCCAAAGUGUCCAGGACGAACGGUCGUCCAGCACAACCAGGCGAAGCGGCCAUUCCGGACGGGCCGCUAGGCGGCGGUAGCUUGCGCCCCGCGGGAGGCCGGGAGGCCUGUGACGUCACUCGCGCGCCGAGCGAGACCCGCGGGGCCGGUGACGUCAUGCGCGCGUCCCGGAGAGCCCGGCGCGGUCAUGUGACGUCACGCGCACGCCCAGGCGAAGCGGCGUGGUCGCUGGCGCGAGGGUCGGUGGCGUUCGCCAUGGGUCCGCGCGUGCAGCUCCCCCCGGAGAUCCAGCUGGCCCAGCGCCUGGCGGGAAACGAGCAGGUGACGCGCGACCGGGCGGUGAAGAGGCUCCGGAAAUACAUCGUCGCCAGGACUCAGCGGGCCGCAGGUGGCUUCACUCAUGACGAGCUGCUGAAGGUCUGGAAAGGACUGUUUUACUGCAUGUGGAUGCAGGACAAGCCGCUCCUCCAGGAGGAGCUGGGGAGGACCAUUUCCCAGCUCAUCCACGCUUUUCAGAGCACAGAGGCCCGGCACCUGUUCCUUCAGACGUUCUGGCAGACCAUGAACCGCGAGUGGACGGGCAUUGACAGACUGCGCCUGGACAAGUUCUACAUGCUCAUGCGGAUGGUCCUGAGCGAGUCCUUGAAGGCCCUGAAGAUGCAGGGGUGGGAAGAGAGGCAGGUGGAGCAGCUGCUGGAGCUGCUGAUGACGGAGGUCCUGCACCCGGACAGCGAGGCCCCCAGUGGGGUGAAGCGCCACUUCCUUGAGAUCUUUCUGGAGGAGCUGAGCAAAGUGGGCGCCGCUGAGCUGACGGCGGACCAGAACCUCAAGUUCAUCGAGCCCUUCUGCGGACUCGCCGCCCGGACUCGGGACCCCCUGGUCCUGCAUAACAUCACUCGUGGCAUCUUUGAAACGAUCGUGGAGCAGGCCCCGCUGGCCAUCGAGGACCUUAUGAACGAACUGGAGGCCCAAGACGAGGAGGACGGGACGUCGGAGGACGAGGAGGAGCCGCGUGGAGACUCUCUCCGCGGGGCUGCACCUGCCACGAGGGAGGAGCUGGCGGGAGAUGACGAGGACAGCGCGGGCCCCGUGCUCCAGUUUGACUACGAGGCGGUGGCCAGCAGACUGUUCGCGGCGGCCAGUCAGCGGGACACCCCUUCCCAGAACAGGAAGCGCCUCUACAAAGUGGUCCGGAAGUUGCAGGACCUCGCCGAAGGGCUCUUCCCUGAGGAGGAUGUUCCGGAAAAAGCCUACAGGAGCCUGCGGGGAGAGGGACAGGGGAGGAAGAAGCGUCUGCCCAAGUCCGGGCCACACAACAAGGCAGGACAAGGUGGCAAGGAGGACUCGUGUCCAGACCUGAGCUCCGGAUCAGAGGGGAUAGUGAGGCAGCGGCGGCGGCGGCAGCAGCGGGGCUCGGGGGCCGAGCAGCCCGGGGACCCUGCUGGGAGAGGGCCCCAGAAGAGGCGGCGGCGACCUCGGGCAGGGGCCAGGGCGAAGGUGGCCAACAGCCGGGAGCCACAGACGACAAAGCAGCAGGCGCCACAGAGCCAGAAGUGACCCCGGCAGGCCCAGCACGAACAGCAUGGCGCUUCCCCCGUGGCCCCUCCGCCUUGUGCUGAUGUGAGGGGGGCCCUGCUCCCACACGGUGCCCUGGACAGCGGCGGCUCCUGACCUGCCGUGUCGGCAGAGGGGCGGGCUCCUCGCUUGUGCCCGUGUCCCAGAGAGUGCUGGCGCCGUGCGGAGCUCGGUCAGGGACACUGAGAUGGGACACAGCCCUGCGGACAGCACUGCCCAGCCUGGGACCCGCCUCCCCCGGGGUGUCCCUGAAUAAAACAGUGCAGCUCUUC